CAUGGCGCUCACCCGCAUCCUCGUCUUCGUCCUUGGCGCCGCAUUGCCAUUCCUCCUCUUCCAUGCCGAAGCGGGCCAGAUGGGGGUGAGCUACGGCAGGGUGGCGAACGACCUGCCGGACCCGGCGAAGGUGACGCAGCUGCUCAAGGACAACGGCAUCACCAUGGUCAGGAUAUACGACGCCAAACAGGAGGUGCUGAGGUCGCUGGCCAACACCGGGAUAAAGGUGAUGGUGAUGGUGCCAAACGAGAACAUCGCGGAGGCGGCCAGGAACCCCUCGUACGCGCUCCAGUGGGUGCGGGACAGGGUGAAGGCCUACUACCCCGCCACGCAGAUCCACGGCGUCGCCGUGGGCAACGAGGUGUUCGACUCGAGGCCGGACCUGACGAGGCAGCUCGUCCCGGCCAUGACCAACGUCCAGGCGGCGUUGGCGCAGCUGGGCCUCGCCGACGCCGUGAAGGUGUCCACGCCGAUCGCGUUCACCGCGGUCGAGAACACGUUCCCGCCGUCCCGGGGCAGGUUCAAGGACGAAAUCGCGGAGCCGGUGAUGAAGCCCAUGCUCCAGUUCCUGAAGAGAACCGGCUCCUACCUCACCAUGAACAUGUACCCGUUCUGGGCGUACUACAACCAACCACAAGACAUCAACCUGGACUACGCCCUGGGCAACUCCAAUCCCGGCGUCCCCGACGACGACACCAGCCUCAAGUACUACAACCUCCUCGACGCCGAGCGCGACGCCGCGCACUCCGCGAUGGACCAUUUGGUCCCCGGCGUGAGCUUAUAUCUCACGGAGACCAAUUGGCCGCCGCGCGGAAGACCCCAUCAGGGCGGCGGACACCGCGGCGGGAGGCGUUUGGAGGACGACGGGGACGGGGUGUUCACGAUAGCCAACGCGCAAGCGUACGUCAAUAACCUCAUCAACCGCGUGCUGGCCGGCAACACGGGCACCCCUCUCCGCCCCGACGCGGCAUUGGACGUGUACAUCUUCGCCCUCUUCAACGAGAACCAAAAGGGCGACGGGCCGGACGACAUCGAGCAGAACUUUGGGCUGUUCUACCCCAACAUGCAGAAGGUGUACGAGUUCGACUUCCACGGCGGUGUUGCGCCACCCGCACCACCGGCGGCAAGCUGGUGCGUGGCGAACGCGGCGGUCGGGGAUGAUCGGCUGCAGGCGGCGCUGGACUACGCGUGCGGCCACGGCGCCGAUUGCAGCGGCAUCCAGCCGGGCGCGGUGUGCUUCGAGCCCAGUACCCUGCUGGCGCAUGCCUCCUAUGCGGUCAACAGUUACUACCAGAACAAGGGUCGGGCCAGCGGAACGUGCGACUUCGCCGGCGCUGCUCACGUCGUGUUGGAGGAACCAGCUGAAAUCUGUGACCCGAAUGCGAGCUGGUGUGUGGCGAAUGCGGCGGUCGGAGACGGUAGGCUUCAGGCGGCGCUGGAUUACGCCUGCGGUCACGGGGCCGACUGCGGCGCCAUCCAGCCCGGUGGGAAAUGCUUCGAGCCCAACACCAGGGUCGCGCACGCUUCGUACGCGUUCAACAGCUACUACCAGCGCAACCACAGGGCCAGUGGGUCGUGUGACUUCGCCGGAGCCGCUUCCGUUGUCUACAUGGCACCAAAGAUAGGAAACUGCGUCCUUCCAUGGAGGGCUUGGAUUGGGGAGACGACAUCAAUGUCGGAAGGCAGCUUUGCUGCCAUAUAAUCUUAUAUACGUAGCAGAUAGUAUUUUCUUUAUGGUCUAUAAAUAACAGAUAUCGGCGUAGAUCUGUGUGAUCCUCUAAUUUUUUCCGAA